GACGUUGUGAAAGAUGGAUGGAUUUGUGUUAGUUUUCUAUACUAAAUCAGUAACGAAUGAACUGGCUUAUAGCUUUGCUCAGUCAUCUACAUUUGACGAAGAAGAGUUCUUUCCGAUAAUGCGAUGUUAUAAGCAGCUUAGCAGCGUGGAAUUUCAUAUCGGUUGCAGCUACAACCAAAUGUCUUUUGUUAUAAAAUAUAGCUUACAAAAAAUGGGCGCCGCCACAUCAAGUGCGACUGAGCAGAUGGCCAAGAACAAUGUACAGUUCAAGUGAACAAUAAGGGAUUAAAUUUGAUUAAUGG